CUAUGGUAAUGUUGUCAGAUGUUCUUUCACCUCUCGUUAGAAAUUAACAACUUUUCUGGAUGAAUUUCCAGUUUUGAAUCAAAACUGCCGGAGAAAGGACUAUAUGGAAGAUAAUGAGUGAGAUUAAAUUAUUAUUAGAUGACCUCUGCAUCAUAGAAUUUUUAUAUAAACUACAUUAGUAUUAAACAUCAUAAAGACUGAGCAAAGAUGUUAUACAUAACACGUAUAACCUUGUUUCUAUAAAUAUAUACGGAAUUAUUGCAAAAUAAUUUGUUAAGAGAAAUAUACAAAACGAAAGAAAACAUUUGCAUACUGUGACAAGAGAGAGGAGGAUUAUGGAAAAUGAAUUAUAUUGGAGUGAAGAUGAAUACAAAAAACAAGCUGAAAAAAUUGAUUUUUCAGAUGAUGUAAAGAAUGAAAAGGGCAAAACAUCAUAUAACUGUGAUACCUGUGGUAAAUUAUUCUCUCAGAAAGCUGACUUAGUCAUUCACCAACAUAUUCAUACAGGAGAGAUGCCCUAUUUCUGUGACAUCUGUGGUAAGCCAUUCUCACAAGCUUGUAAUUUAAAAACACACAAACAGAUUCACACAAGAGAAAAAUAUUUACACUGUGACGUCUGUGGAAAAUCAUUUUUUCAUACUUAUUUAACUACUCACAAACUCAUUCAUACAGGAGAAAAACCAUAUCGCUGUGAUAUCUGUGGUAAAUCCUUCUCUGAAAAUAGUUACUUAACUACACACAUGCGCAUUCAUACAGGAGAGAAGCCAUAUCACUGUGAUAUCUGUGGUAAAUCAUUUUCUUAUGCACAAAACUUAACUGUUCACAAAUACAUUCAUUCAGGAGUGAAGCCAUAUCACUGUGAAAUCUGUGGUAAAUCAUUCUCUCAAAAUAAUCACUUGACUAGGCACAAACGAAUUCAUACAGGAGAGAAGCCAUAUCACUGUGAUAUAUGUGGUAAAUCAUUCCCAGGAACUGGUGAUGUAACUAUUCACAAGCGUGUUCAUACAGGAGAGAAGCCAUAUCCUUGUGAUAUCUGUGGUGAAUCAUUCUCUAGAAGCGGUGACUUAACUAGUCACAAACGUAUUCAUACAGGCGAGAAACCAUAUCAUUGUGAUAUCUGUGGUAAAUCGUUCUCUCAAAAUAAUCACUUGACUAGGCACAAACGUAUUCAUACAGGAGAGAAGCCACAUCACUGUGAUAUGUGUGGUAAGUCAUUCCCUGAAACUGGUCAGUUAACUAUUCACAAGCGUGUUCAUACAGGAGAGAAACCAUAUUGCUGUGAUAUCUGUGGUGAAUCAUUCUCUAGAAAUGGUGUCUUAACUUGUCACAAACUUAUUCAUACUGGUGAGAAGCCAUAUCAUUGUGAUAUCUGUGGUAAAUCAUUCUCUCAAAAUCAUCACUUGACUAGGCACAAACGCAUUCAUACGAGAGAAGUCGUAUCACUGUAAUACCUGUGAGAGAUCAUUUUCCAAACAUAGCACUUUAACUAGUUACAAACCUUUUCACACAGGAGAGAAGCCAUAUCAUUGUGACAUGUAGCAAAUCAUUUGCUCUUAUAAGCAGCUUUAAUCACAAGAACAUUCAUAUUAGAGACAAACCAUUGUUGCUUUCCUGUCUACUUCUGUCUCAUGAAUCAGAUGCAAUUUGUUGAGGUGGAUUUUCUGUCCAGAUGGCCUUCUUGUUGCCAACCUUCAAUUGUUUCAAAGUAAGAUAACAUUUCCCCCUGACCAAGACAUGUUUUUGUGGCAGAUUGGUGAUGGACUCUGCUUGUAUGGCAGUGACACUCGUUUACAAUUAUCACACAGUCUCAAGGCAAGGAUAUAAUAAUAUACACCCACACACACACAUGUACAUUCAUAAGCCCCUCACACUUUUAUGAAACAUUACCCUCUAUCCGCUGUACCACACAUAUUCCCCAACCACCACCACCUUUUCUUUGGAUUUACCAUUAAAUUUGAGCAAGUGAUUCGAUUUUGUACUGCAAACACAAGUGGGAUAUAACAUGCUCCAUAGCACAUUUGCAUAGUUCUGACAUUUGUAUGCACAUAGAUUAAUUUCCCCUUUUAACUAAAAUUUAAAACAGACAUUUAUUGUCCUCUUGGCAAACAGAAAUUUAUUGUCAUAUAUUUUGAGAGCAUUUGUAUGAACUGUAUUAACUUUGCUGUAAUAAAUGUUAUAUUUGUGAAAAAGGAA